AACUCUAACCGUGGAAACCGAAACUCAACGACAAGUCACGUGAUUCCGAUUUGGCGUUCUUUGCCCGAACGCUGCUUGAACGCAGGAGACGCGUCCCACUGACAGUCGGCGUUCUUUUUGCUAACUUCGCUGUGGCUGUGGAAGCGUGGAGCUGGUACCUUUCGUAAUCGCUAGCCAUCGUACCUGCCGCAACAAAACCAUCUCCAAGGGAUCUCAUCGGGAUUGCGAGUCCUCGUAAGAGUGGCGUCGAAGAAGUAGUUUCUCUGCCGUUCGAUCUCUCUUCUUCCAACACGUGACAAAUACUGACGCCCUACAAAGGCAGCCUAGUGACAUAUCAGGAUGAGCUAUCUGGCGAAUGCAUACUCUCUCAAAAGCAGGCUGGUGUUGCUUAAAACGUUGUGUAGUUCAAAGCUGCCGAAAAGCGCGGAAACAUUUGCCACGCAGGUGGAACCGAAGAAUGCGAUGCACUUCUUUAAAUGCAUGGAAUCCGCCUGUGACUUCACUACGAAUGACAGCGACCUCUUUCUCGGUCACCUCUCCGGCCACCGUGGAACUUCAUUUAUGUGCUGUUAUUGCAGAAAGGUCGUCCACGAGGAUGUUCAGCUCGUUCAGCACAUGGUUGCGCACCAUAAUGACCGGACCUUCCAGUGUGCGCUUUGCUUCUUCCGGUCUCGUACGAAAGCCCACCUAAUCGUACACUCUAGGACCGUACACAAGACCGACACCGUUCACGGCUACCUGUGCAAGAGGGUUGCCGAGAUACCCGCCAAGGACUGGCCGGCGGACAUUGCCAGUAAGAGCUACGUGUGCACCGUCGACGAAAGCUGCAAGCUGUCGUGCCUCAGCACUGACACGUUUUUGAAACACCUCCGCAAGAAGCACCCGAAUGCGAGCCGCCUCGUGUGUCACAAGUGCAUGUCUCCGGGCAAGCAUCCAAAGGGGCUCGUGUCGCAUUAUCGUCGGGUGCACAACUUCAAGUUCUACCAGUGCGCUUACUGCAGCGUCGGUAGCGAUGACGAGUGGGUGCUCAUGGCACACGUUUCGCAAGCGCAUUCUGACUACCGAUUCAAGAUUAUAAUUCGCACAACCGGUCCUCCACCGUGGUUCAAGCAGGUCAGCACCAUAAUGCGCGAGAGCAUGCUGGUUGCUCCACCAGGUAGCGGUGGCACGCAGCAGCCGCAUGCCGAGUUGACUGUCAAGGAGGAGCCUCUAUGGGACCCACCGGCACACCUUGUCGACCAACCUGGCGACUCGUUCGUAAGCGCGCAGGAAACUUUCUCAUACAUCCCAGCAUGUUACAUCUGCUCGGUGGAAGACUGUGCCUAUUCUUCUAAUAGCGCUGCCACUUUUCUCGGCCACAUACACGAAGAGCACAAGUCGGUGGAGGAGUUCUCGUGCCCGUGCUGCUCGUUCCUCCCUCAAGCUUCGUCGAGGGAGCUAUUUGUCCAUCUGGUCGAUAGCCACACGGCACUGCUGCAUUGUCCGUACAGGAGCUGCGUCUUUCUCGGAGAUUCUAGGAAAACUGUAGAUGAUCACAUAAUCUCGGUUCAUCAGACGUAUGAUGAUGAACCAGAAUACCCGGAUGAGUCAACGCCAGAUUGUAAUAACGUGCCACAAGAAGCGUCGUCGAGCGUGCAGUUCCCUGUUGGAACAGAAUACCCCAUCGUGAAGCAUGAAAAGGUGGAACAGCAGGAAAGGGAAAACGUUGACAUAGUGCCUUGGCAGACGACUGCCGGAGAUGACGCUGCUCCAGGACCGUGGUUGUCUGAGGCCGAGCUCGGACGAAUUGCCGAAGAGAUACUGCGUGGGCAAACAGUUGGAGCCGUUGCACUUGCAGAACCAAUGCAACAAGACGAUAAUGUUCCAGAGGCUCCACCGCCUUUGCCUGCCACGAUUCAUGAAAGGUACGCUUGUAAGGUCUGUCGUCAAAGUGAAACGGAAGCCUUGGAGUACUUUCGCCACAUGUCCCUGCACCAUGGAGUAAAGUUUUUCUGUGGACAUUGCGAUGGGUGUUACAAAGUGCGCAGGCAUUUACGUGCGCACCACCUCAGGUUUCACCCCAGAGAGGAGGUGUCCUUUAAGACUCUUCAGGGCAACACUUUGAUGGACGUGCCACUGAGAAUGACAUCUGCGCAGCAGCAAGGCGUUGCAAACCGAAAGAAGAAAGGCAGAAAUGGAGCUGCCCAAGAGGAUAGGGUACCCAAGGACGCUUCAACGGCUGUUGGUACACUGCGCACGACACAAGGCAAGAAAAGACCAAGCACAGAGCUUGGCUCAGAGAGACCGAUGAAGAGGAGAGCAGCAAAAACUUUGUUGUCGAAUGUAAAGCACGAAACUGCAGAGGAGGGUCCUCUGCCCACCGGAGUUGAAGAGUUGCCGAAGCAAGUCGGGACGGACGGCAUAAAUGUGGGAGCUGCUACAAUGUGUAGCGGGGCUGGAAAUAGACCAGGAGGGUCAAAGAGAAGGAAGGGGAAAUUAGCCUCGCCACGAUGUCUAAAUACCGGGAACCAAUCUUCAGAGAUGCCAAGGUCUCCUCAAGGGCCUGCCUCAAAGACUUUUCAUAAUGUCUCAUGUAGGGAAACCCCCCGGAGUGCAGUGAAAGCAAAAUCAAAGAAGAAGCCCUCUACACGUUGCAACGUCGGAAACAAACGUUACGCACCCCCUUGGGGCAUAGUCUCUUACGAGUGCAUAUACUGCGACAAGAGCUACAAGCUGCUCAAGUGGGCGCUGCGGCACCAGAAAGCAGCGCAUCCUGGUGAUCCUUCGACCGUUAAGGUGUUGGAAGCUUCAACGUUUGGGAACAGCACAGCAGAGACACAGUCGCUGGGACAGCUGCUCACUCAAGAUAUUGAGUCGUCGGCGCUACCAAGUCUGGCAAGCGAAGACAAGGCGUUGGUACCGUCACUGAUUCGCAAUGAAGACAAAAUUGCUGAAUCUGCAGCUGGUGCCGAAGACAAGGUGUUGGUACCAUCACUGAUUCGCAAUGAAGACAAAAUUGCUGAAUCUGCAGCUGGUGCCAAAGACAAGGUGUUGGUACCAUCACUGAUUCGCAAUGAAGACAAAAUUGCUGAAUCUGCAGCUGGUGCCGAAGACAAGCUGUUGGUACCAUCACUGAUUCGCAACAGAGACAAAGUUUCUGAACCUGCAGCUGGCUGUACAGAAACAGAUGACAGUGUACUAUGGCACAACGAAAAUGAAAGUACACCUGGACAAGCGUACGCAAUCAUCAGUCCGGACCACUCCGAUGACGAGGCUCAGCAGAAAGGUUCGUCAUCACAUGGUGUGAAGGCGAACCCACUUCCUACAGACAUCUUUGUCUACAUGCACAGGGAAGGGGUUAAGAUAGCCUACUCUCAACUUGCUACCGUGAUGGACAUGCAGCCUGUAGUGUUACUCACCAGGUUUUAGAUCUGAAAUUCCUCAGAUUUCAGAAUGGCAGUUUAAGCAGUGUGAACUCCUUGUUAUCCGCGUGUUAUCGGAGAAUAUAUUUUUGCAUGUUCCAAGUAAGGCCAGUAAAGUG